AUGGAUUUGUGGUUCCCCAACGAUUUUGAUCAUAUAAAUGAUAUGUAUGAAGAUGAAACUGCCUCAAUCGAUGAUAAAUUCUUGUCAAGAGAUGAUGAAAUUUGUUCAAUUGAUGAUGAUAAUCGCUUAAUCGAAAAUGUUGACAUGAUGGAUCACCGCCAUGAAAGGGAGUUUACAUUUGCUGAAAAUAUUUCUAAAAGAAUGCAAAUUCCUGGCAUGUUGUUUUUUAUACUUAUUGUCGGUAAAAUUUUCUCAAACACAUUACGGCCCCAUUUGGUGAGAAGAACAGAAUGGAAGAGAAGGGAAGUAUACUUUUUUAAAGAGUGUUUGACAUACCUAGAACAAGAACUAAUUGAAACUUUGACCAAGUUCAAGGAGACAAUUCACAAAAAAUAA